AUCAUCAGAGUAUCAGCUGCCAUUUUGUAGAUUAGCUGUAACGAAAGUGUUCAGUGGUAGUCAUUUAUCGGUGUUAUUUAAUAAUAAAUAUAUAUAUUAACUAUCUCAUAUUUUUUUCUGUUGCUUUGUAUAAAGAGGGGUAGGAUAUAUAAUUAAAAAAAUGUCGGAUGGAAAUGGAGAUCAUGAGGAGGAGGGUUACGUAGUAAAACUACGUGGCUUACCCUGGUCGACAACCGUUGAUGAAAUCCUUAAAUUCUUCAGUGACUGUCGUAUUUGUCAUGGAAAAGCUGGUAUACAUAUGACUAUGUCACGAGAAGGACGUCCUAGUGGUGAAGCUUACAUUGAAAUGGAGAGCGAAGAGGAUAUUGAGAAAGCUUGUAAACGUGAUCGUGAUCAUAUGGGCCAUCGUUAUAUUGAAGUAUUCAAAGCUAGACGAAGUGAAAUGGAGUGGGUUGUCAAAAGAAGUGGUUUGAAUCUUGAAAAUGCCAUGGACGAUGGCUGUGUAAGAUUGCGAGGAUUGCCUUUUGGUUGUUCAAAAGAAGAAAUAGCUCAAUUUUUCUCAGGGUUGGAGAUAUUGCCGAACGGAAUUUUGCUACCAACAGACAGCUACACGGGCCGCAGUACUGGGGAGGCUUACGUUCAAUUCGUUAACAAAGAUGUCGCGGAAAGGGCUCUACAGAAACACAAGGAAAAGAUAGGACACAGGUACAUUGAAAUAUUCCGAAGCAGUUUAUCUGAGUUACGAGCAAGUUUCGGACCUAAAAUGCGAGGUUCGAUGGGCGGAUUCAAUCAACGACCUGCACCUUACGAUCAGCGAGAUCGAUUUGGCGGCAUGAAUCGCUUUAAUAAUAACAGAAACGCUCGAAACAGAGACUUUGACAAUGGACCUUGGGGAAAUUCAAACAACUUUGGAUCACGUGGUGGUGGUGGUGGCGGCGGAGGUGGUGGUGGUGGCGGUGGUGGUGUUGGUAUGGGUAUGAGAAAUAAUAUGGAUAUGAAGGGUGGAAAUUAUCGUGGCAAUAAUGAUAACUGGAGUGGAAAUACUGGUAUGCAUUGUAUCCAUAUGCGGGGUUUGCCUUUUAGAGCUACAGAGCAAGAUAUCGCAGACUUUUUCCGACCGAUUGUUCCUGUGAAUAUUCGAAUUAUCUUAGAAAAUAAUGGCCGUGCUUCAGGCGAAGCAGAUGUCGAGUUUGCGACUCAUGAAGAAGCUGUUAAAGCUAUGGGAAAAGACAAGAGUCAUAUGUCACAUAGAUAUAUCGAAUUAUUCUUGAAUUCAACUAGUGGAUCAAGUGGCGGGAUGUCACUAAGUGGAAUCGGCAAUUUUUGCGGAGGCUUAGGUAAUAAUUUUAGACCUGGUUAUUCACCCAACAAUCGUGGUUACAACAGUCAACUUGGUGGCGGAAAUAAUUAUAAUAAUUUUUGAAGUUAAAAAUUCAAGUUUUUUUUUUAAUCAGUAAUUUUUUAAAAGAAAAAAAUUAGAAUAAAUUUUUUUUUUACUUUUACUGAUAAACAAAUUAAAUAUUUUUUUUUUUUUUUUAAUAAAAUGAAAGAAAAAACCAACAAUUAAAGUAACCAUUUAAAUUAUAAAAUUUGUAUUGACAUCCCUGGUAAUUUGAAAAAAUACCCUUUACUAUCAAUGGAAAAUUUACUUUCAUUUAAUAUAAAUAGUUAUAACAUAAGUAAAAUAUAUUUCUGUAAUAUACUGCAAUUUAUAUUAAUGAUAUGCAUUAUAUAAAUUCAAAAUUCAAGAAAAAAAAAAUAAGUAGCUAUAAAAUUAGUACUUAGUAAUAGCAACAAUAAUAUCAAAAAAAUCUCAGGCUUGAAACGAAGAAGAAAAAAAGAGAAAUUUGAAUGUAGUAGAUGUUUCAUACAUACAUUUAGUGAUAUAAUUAUUACCAUUAAAAAAUACUUGUAUUAUAAUUAAACUAAUUAAAAUAUUGCUCAUUGCAAUAAUUUACAAUUUUUUGAAAUUAUAAACUUUAAAAUUUCAAUUAUAUUCACAUUAAAUCAUGUAAAUUUGGACGCAUCUCAAAUUUUAUAUUUUAUAGUUUAUUAUUAAAAUAUAAAAAAAUAAAUAGUUAAUUUUCUCAUCAAAUGCGCUAAUUACUCAUUGAGUAAAUUUAAAAUUAUAUUUUAUACAAAAUAAAAUAAACGAUAAAUAAUUUGACAAACUA